GGAAGACGCAAGGUAAAGCCACAUGAAAAACGAACAUGAAAGAGAGCAGCUUAUUCUCAGGGGAAACAAAACAUGGCGUUCCCGAAACAACUCGGACUUCUUAUCGUUCUCGUAGCGACGAGAAGUUUGGCGCAGGACUUAGGUAAGUAGUAAACAAGAACCUGAUUACAUACAUGUAAAUAAAUGAAUUUUAAGUUUGUACUUUUGAUGGGUUUUUAAUAGUUUGUCUUUUGCCAAAUUGAUCCGGCAAUGGUUUGGCUUUCUAGCACUGCUGGUUUGCGUGGGGUGUUGAAAUGUAGAGCACAUGCAACUAUGCAAGAAUUAAGAUACGGUUUCAGGUUUUAUGACUGUUGAGUAAACUCUAAAUGUUUAUUAUGAGCGUAACAAGGGAAGGAACUUCCUUAAAUUUUAGCUUGGAUAUUUCAAGAUCAAUAUGCACGCGCAAUGAAUUGUGCAGGUUAGCACUUUAUUGUAUUGGUCCAUCUGGUCUAUCCAAAAUUGUUGAGUGUUGAAAAAUAUUGGUAAGCAAAACCCUUGUUCUGGUCCCUUUCCUGUGUACCAGGAUUUGAGUAUGCACUAUGACUGGCUUUUUAAAAAAGCCAUUGUUGAUUUGCUAAUCAGGAUGAAAGGAAAUUUGAAACACACUUCUGGUAAUUGGUUGAAUCCAUCGAGGGCCAAGAACAAGGAUUUUAGCUCUGCCUCGCAGGCGUUACUAACCAUGCAAGGUUUUAUUACAUCUGUAGCCUCCCACGCACACAUUUUUAGGCAUUCGUCACACAAUCCCACUAACGUGUUGGGAGGAAUGAUUGCGUGACGAAUGCCUAAGAACAUCUGCUUGGAGGCUAUUACAUCUGUGACCCAGACUAAAACAUAUGGGGCCAUGUAGAAGUCUUACAAAAAUCUUAACCAAGUCUUAAAUUGUCAGCAGUCUUGAGUAAAAGUAGGACCUCAAGUGCUGCAUUCUACUGACUACCCCCGGGUCUCCUACAAUGGAAAUGUUGUAAAAUGCUAUGUUUGGUUACAUGCCUGUUGCCUUCCUUGUGAGUGGUGUUUUUCACAUGCGCUAGUGAAUUUUGCUCACUUAAGUCUCUCUGAGGAAAAUGAGGGUCUGCUCAUAAUCUAGAAUUUACUUAACCUUGGGUAGUAAUGUCAACUGUAAUUUCUAAACCAAUAACAAGUUAUUGGGCUACAUUUAUGAGCUACUGGAGCUUAUUAGGGGAAUUUUUUUCCUAGUUAAUUUGCAUAUUUUAGUUUUAUCACAAAUUUUGUACCAAUCAUCGUUCUAAAACUUGUCAGUAUUUAGAAAAAAAAGAGCACCUUUCAUCAACUACAGAAGUUUACCCCUGCAAAGUCAUUGAUAACAUUAAUUAACUCACUUUUCUCUUUUCUCGAGGGUACUUUAUAAUUAAGGUUCUUUUUAAAUGCCUAAAUUGCAGUUUCCUUACUUAUUCUGUACCUUAACUCAUGAACUUCCUACUCUUAUAAUUAUGUACUUCUUACUAGUAACCUAGGUAUGACUUUCGGGCAGAUCCUUCCUGCAUAGUCCACUACAGGCCAUAUCAAGGGAAGGGGCCAUGGGGCAUAUUUGUGAGCAACAGAUGGAAACUUUUUUUGUGAGAAGACAACUUGCAUGGGCCCUUUCUCAUUUGGCCUUUCAGUAUGAAAAUUAUCAUUCCAGAAGGAAUGUCUAAGUACUUGUGCCAAACUACCAGAUGAGACUUGUUUUGAGACCUACCUUGAGAGCACCCUUCCCCUUCUCCUGGACGGACUUUCCCUGACUAUGUCAAUGGAGUAUAUCCUUUAGGAUUUGGCAAUUUGUCUGUAUUGUGAUCGCAGUCAUCUUUUAUGGAAGUUGGGCCAGGGGUACAGUUGUUCCCGGACUCGUUUCUUUUGAGGUCAUGUGGUGUGUUUUCUCUCCUUUCAAGGUUUUUUAAAAGAAGCGACUUGUUAAAACAUUUAGCUAUAAAAAAUUGCUUAUAAACGAUUUAAAAAAACAUUUUUUUUCUUAAAAAUUUUUUUACAAAUAGUUAAAUAAUAUUUGAGGUUCUCAGACAUCAUUAUCAAGUAAAAAAAUACAGUAUGAUGUUCUAUAAAUAUAAGAAAAACAAUAGUUCAUUAACAAGAAAAGUAACAUAUAAAAUAUGUUACAAGUUAAACAAAGAGGCUAGCACUGAUGGAGUCACUCUGAGUGUAAGGGUUAGCCUAAGUUCUUUGAUGAAUAACAUUUUGUAAACGAGGGGCUCAAAUUUUCUGUGGCACUUCCUUGAGCGCACAAAAUUGACCCUCAUUCAGUCAUUUAAGGUUUUUCCUUAGUAUUGCAUUGUGCAUCAUUACUGCACAUAAUUUCAUGUAUGAUUAAGGUAAACUAUGCGAAUUAAAACAUGGUGGCUAUUGCCUCAUGGCUGGCGCUCUCCAUUGAGGUAAAUCGUCAUUUUCUCUUUAAUGGGGAAUGGUGACCUAUCCUUUUUUUCUCUUCUUUCAAAAUUCAAGUAGUAACUAUCUUUCUCUAGGAUAAAUAUAGACCAAUUCUCAGUGCAGAAAAAGAAACAAUUGUCAGCAUGUACUCGUAAAUAUAAUCUUACUGGUAUUUUAAGGAAUUUUUGCAUAUAUACAAGUUGGUACUGCUCCUAAACAAGUUUCAGGACCCCCCCCCCAAUUUUUUUUAUAAAACUUAAGUUUCUAUAAUAAAAUAAACAACCAACAGGUAAAAUUUGACAAAAAUCUCACUGCAGGUUUUAUUUCAUAGGAAUGACCUUCAGGGAGGUCAUGUGUUUCUCUUUUCUGUUAUUGUAGGAGUAGUAAGCACUUUGGCUGGGGGUGGAAGGAUUCAUGAAGGCAGCAAGACAGACUGUAAGGAUUACUCAUCAUCUAUGAUGGAUGGAAUAGGAACAGAAGCCCGGUUCAAUUACCCCUGGGGUAUUGAAUUUGACCCUAGAGAAAAUGUGUUGUAUGUUGCAGACUGUGUAAGUUUUUUGUGGCAUAUAUUCUUUUGAAAUGCUGCCUGUUUGAAGUACAUGUAAUCUCAUUAAGGUACUUGCAUGUCAUGGAAAGCCUGAAUAGUCAUGGAACCAGGACUGAAAAUGCUCGUGAAAUAUAAGGAGAGCUCAUUGUAAAUCGUAAAAAAAUUAAUUGGAUCUCAGAUUUUGUUUGUCCUCUGUUUUAAAAGGGAUGUCCUGAAACAGUCCACAGUAAUGACCGUAUAAGGAAGAUUGACAUUAGUACUCGUGAGUAUACCGAGUUCAUUCCAUUUUUUUAAAGGCCAGUUCUUUAUCAUGUCAUGCACUCAUCUAAUGCUACCUCACCUCUACAUUGUUGACCCAGUAUUAAACAGUCAGUAAGAUUGAUGCCCCAUGCAUCGCCAAUAAACCAUGCCCCUUUGUGAAUGGUAAAUACCUUCUCCUUUUCGGAUCUUCUACUAAUCUAAAUUCUUAAUGUUACAUUGGGAAAACAAGAUCUACUGUUGGAUUUGCUUGAUGCACACCUUUUUUAUAUAUAUUCAAUAUUCCUUAUGCAUUUAUUCCUAGACUACAAGUAGUCCCUAAUUUUUCUCAAGCAAGAGUAUAGGGAAUAAAAUACCGUAAACUUUAACUUAUAAGGGGGUUUUAGGUGGUCAUAUAAAUGGGGGGCUUAUAUCCGCACUAAAUAUCAACAUAAAAUUUUUGAAAUCACUCGCCUUUUUAAUCUUCAAAACGUUAUUAAAAAUCGAAUUCAUUUCAGUACUAGUUAGAGGGGGGCUUAUAGCCAGAUGAAUUUUUUGUUUACAGGUAGAUAGGGCUAUAAGUGGGAGUGUGUGUGGGGGGUGGGGGGUCUUUAAAGAGGAGGUUUAUGGUAUGCGAGUGCAUCUUAAAAGGCACAUCGUCGAGAAAGUAAGUUUUAGCUCUUUAUAGCACGACAGUGACCAGAAAACCACUCGACUAGCUUCAAAACGCGUUUUUCGGCAAAAUCUCUAGGAGCGAAUGGGUUAAGGUACUUGCAGGUCAUGGAAAGCCUGAAUAGUCAUGGAAACCAGGACUGAAAAUGCUCGUGAAAUAUAAGGAGAGCUCAUUGUAAAUCGUAAAAAAAUUAAUUGAAUCUCAGAUUUUGUUUGUCCUCUGUUUUAAAAGGGAUGUCCUGAAACAGUCCACAGUAAUGACCGUAUAAGGAAGAUUGACAUUAGUACUCGUGAGUAUACUGAGUUCAUUCCAUUUUUUUAAAGGCCAGUUUCUUUAUCAUGUCAUGCACUCAUCAAAUACUACCUCACCUCUACCUUGUUGACCCAGUAUUAAACAGUCAGUAAGAUUGAUGCCCCAUGCAUCGCCAAUAAACCAUGCCCCUUUGUGAAUGGUAAAUACCUUCUCCUUUUUGGAUCUUCUACUAAUCUAAAUUCUUAAUGUUACAUUGGGAAAACAAGAUCUACUGUUAGAUUUGCUUGAUGCACACCUUUUUUUAUAUAUAUAUUCAAUAUUAUUCCUUAUGCAUUUAUUCCUAGACUACAAGUAGUCCCUAAUUUUUCUCAAGCAAUAGUAGAGGGAAUAAAAUACCGUAAACUUUCACUUACAAGCCCUGCAUGGGCUUAUACAACUUCAUAAUGGGUUUUAGGUGGUCAUAUCAAAUGGAGGGCUUAUAUCCGCACUAAAUAUCAAUAUACAAUUUUUGAAAUCACUUGCCUUUUUAAUCUUCAAAACAUUGUAAAAAAUCGAAUUCAUUUUAGUGCUAGUUAGAGGGGGGCUUAUAACCAGAUAAAUUUUUUGUUUACAGGUAGAUAGGGCUAUAACUGGGUGGGGGGCGGGGGGGGUCUUUAAAGAGGAAGUUUAUGGUAUGCGAGUGCAUCUUAAAAUGCACACCAGCGAGGAAGGUGACAUGCUCAGGGAAAGGAGAAAUAUUUUCUAUCCUUCCUCUGCUUCGUGCCUCCACUUGCACGUGCCAGUUUUCACUCGACCUCACUUAUUUCACUCUUUCAACUGUCCCUGAAGAAACUGAGGAACAAGUCAUUAAUUAAUCUAUUGCUCCCACACUGUACUACUGUUAUCCUGUUUGCUUUGUAGGUCAGGUAACUACUUUAGCAGGUGGUUCUCAAGGUUACAAAGAUGGAAAAGGGGAAAAAGCAAAGUUUCACCACACAGCAGGUAAGGAAACUGGUUGUUUAAAUACAAGCUGAAACAGUGUGAGAAAAACUGCACAACAAUUUUUUACACUUAAGUUACAGUUAGCGCGUGAACAAGAAAAACAAAUGGCGUGAAUACUCCUCUUUCUAUAAGACAACUAUUCAGUACUAUUUGUGCCUCAACUGAAUCGACUUGCAUCAAUACUGCGGCGCUUAAUCGAGGGCGGCGCUUAGUCGAGUAAAUACGGUAGUUUGUAAGUGGAACUUCAAACUGACUUUAUCUUUUGUGAUUGAGGUAUACUUUUAGCUCUCUUUAUGUCUCUGAUAUCGUUAUUCGUGUACACGAUUUUUGUGGCGUCUUUCCAACUGUUGGUCGGUUUGAUACUUUAAAGCCAAAGCAACAGGCUUUGAACAAAAGCUGUACUAGAAAAUAACCUGCAUGGUAGGCGCCGGUUUCCUUUUCGCCCUAAAAAACCCAGCGUCUGCUAAUCAGGUUAUACUAGAAAAGGUCGAGGAAUACCGGAGAAAGGUGAAGUGUAUCAAAAAAGAAGGAGAGGGAGGAAAUGGUAGAAAUGAGAUCAUCGUAGAAACAAAAGACGUCCUUUUAUCUUUUUUUUCUGUCUUAGGCACUGUCUGAAAAAAAAUGUUCACACGAAGUUACCAUUUUAUUCAGUAAAAGGAAAGAACGUUUUGAAUUUACAUUUGCACACAUCAGUAAUGUAGUAGAAACAUGUAUACCCUCUUUACUGAAAAUUUUUUGCACGUUCAAUAUGAAGUAUUCGACGUAAUUUGUAUCAUUAUUGUCAAACAGGAAUGGCCAUUGAUCUAGAGGAGAGAGUGUUGUAUGUGGCUGAUAGUGUAAGUUAACUUUGUAUGUGAGCCCCUCACCUGCAAAACAGGCGUUAUUGUUUUCGCGUUUUCAGGCGAGCAAAGGCAAGCGCAAACCGAGCGAAGAGCGCCAAACACGCGCAACAAGGGAAGGCGCCUAUCCUCGCACGUGUGUCGCGCUCCACGCCCCCUUGGUGCUUCGUUCGCCCGAAAAACGAGAAAAGAUAACGCCAGUUUUGUAGUCUAGUGAGUUCCAGUUUAGGUGACCUUCGGUUUUAGUUGUCUUAUGCAGUUUAUUUUCAUUUACAUUUUGCAGGGUAAUGACCGCAUAAGGAAAAUUGAUCUUAAGACAGGUCUGUUUUGAUAACUUUUUUUUGUCUUUAAUAGUAUUGCAAAUGCUUUCAGCUCAGAACAUAAAAUGUCCCAAUGAAGUUACAGCUUCUUUAAUCUUUAAUCACCACUUUAAAACUGUGGUGACCCGAGAGACUGUGAAAACGUAGUGUGAUUUUUGCAGCCGUCGUAACCUCGUUUGUGGGCAGUGGGGAGUCUGGAUUCCAUGAUGAUGUAGGAAUGAAAGCCAUGCUGUCCAAUCCCCAGCAACUUGAGAUUGAAAGCUUAAAACGGAGGCUGUUCCUAAGUGACACGGUAUGUUUGCUAACUGUGAACACGUCAUACACUACUAGGCUCUGUAUAAGGUAUAGUUAUGUAUCUAUAAUUAGCCAUGUGGAGGUUGCGAGAAAGACUGGGUUGACCUGUGUAGUGUAGAACAGCACUAUGGGAAAGAGUCGAGAGUCAAAUUUUGACCCACUGGAGUUUCCUGUGCAACUUUGUAAUAGGCAAUAAAAAAGCGAUAGCGUCCUAUGAAACAUUCUCAUGGUGCAAUUAGACACAACAUCGUCCCACUGGCUUGCGCAAACUCAAAAUGGCCAAUCGCAGUUUUAACCCGCAAGCCUUUGCGCUCAAUACGACAGGUCAGUUGGGGUAUUCUUGUUUAAAGUUAGUUGGUGGUCCGUUCUUUAGUAAUACAGAGCGUUCACACGCCCUAAGCAUGUUAUACUUACUAUGCUGGCCUUUACAGGAGUUGUCUGGACUUAAUUAACCCGACUGUGCUACACAAGGGUUAAGAAUACCUAGUCUGCUUCACUUGCACAUUUGUACAUUGUUCCAAUUUACCUUCGUAGGGGGUCCGGCAUUCUCUUAGCCUCCCACUCAGACUUUCUUACGGGCUUCGCCACGCGUGUGAACGUCUGCGUGGAAGGCAAGGCUAUUCUGUCGUUGGGUGCCAGUGAUUGUUAGGAUUUUGAGAACAGUAAUACAAAACUUUAAUUCACUUUUUCCUAUCUUAGUCCUUCACUUUAAAAGGAACGUACCAAUCUAGUGUAUCUUUUGUAAUCCAUAAUUUUGCUAAAAUGGAAGCAAAAAAAAUGCAUCUCACGUCAGUAUAGCUUACGGUUUUUCUAAUAACGGAAGGUCUUUUUCCAGGACAAUCAUGCCAUAAGGAUUAUCUCACUACCAAACGGUAAGUUCAACAACUACAACUACCAAAGGGUGUUUCUUUGCGUUAAUUAAUUUGUCGUCUAUACCAACUGACUAACUAAAUGAAUAAGUCCGCCAAGGGAAUGUGUAACACCGAGAUCAAAUGGCUGUGACUGUGAAUGAUAAAUAAGCUUAAAUAACUGUUUAAAAGACUAGUGAUCUGGCUGCUUAGAGGAUCAGGUGACUAAGAAAGUGAGUCCAUCAGUGCUUGGUUAAUUAGCUAAUCGUACGGCUGUGACUGACUGAUAGGCAGAUUGACUGAAUCACACAUUGAACAUGUGGCUGAUUGCAACGAUUAUUUUAAGGCCAUCCUCUUUUCUUUCUCCGUUUACUGUCGUCCGACCGACCCAAAUUUUUGGCAUUUUCAAAAAAAAAAAAGUAACGACGUAGUUACACCAUUUUUCACUUGAAAUAAUUCUUUUAAUCUGAAAAAUGAGCAUAGUAACAGCACAGAGAAAAACAGCAACAAAAACAUGAACAACAUUUUUCACAGUAUAUUGUACAUUUUGUUAAUCCAAAUAUGUGAAUGUUAACUUUUAACGUCGUCCUGGGGUACCAGGGCCUACUAUUCCGAGACUUCUUGUUAUUUUUUGUAGCUUUUUUUUUUUUCAAUCGCACUGACCGACCCAAUAUCAGGAAACGCAUUCGAUGGUAAACGAAGGAAAAAAAGGGGAUGGCCUAAGCAAGAGAUAAUUUUUUUCUUGUAUAAGACCUUUAUUUAUACCCAUUUUGGACGAAACCUUAACAUGGAGUCCGGGCAAAGAUAAUCCUAAGACUAUCAGCUCCGUUGCAGAUGAUUAAGCUGCUACCUUAAGGUCGUAAGUAGCAAAGAAAUAACGUGCCAUCAAUAUGUGGCAGGAAUCAGCCGACCUGCCAAUCCCGCUCCUAUCAUGCCUAAUUGUCGAAUAUUAACGUGUGAUUGAAUGUGAUGAUACUUUUGUUUUGUUUUGUUUUGUGCUACCAAAAUGGUGACCUUGCGGACAGUCCUUUCAAGAAGUAAAAAAUAUUUGCAUCUCGGCAUACGACAAAAGAUUAAAGCGACAACGCUUGUUGGAUCGGUGGAUUUCUUUAAGAAGAUUGAAAACUAAGAAAAAAUAAUAAGCACAAUGUGAAUUAUAUCAAUUGUUCUGCUGACAGGAGAAGUAAAAACAUUGGUUGGCGGACGUCAAGGGUUCGCUGAUGGUGUCGGAAAAAAGGCAAAAUUGUACCACCCAACUGGACUGUCUCUUGAUGUGCAUUCUGGGAUAUUAUACGUGGCCGAUCAUGUGAGGAUAGUAUUCGCUCCCAGAGUCUUCUCCUACUCGUCCCCUGCAGCGAGUAGGAGAGGACCCUGGGAAUAAAAUUGGAUAUUAUGGUCUUCUCAAUAGAUAGUUUAUGUUCCACGGUUGUUUGCAUAAAAAGCAACGAUUCAGUAGUCGUUUACAUUGUUCUCUAUUUUUGUUUCUAGUUGAAUAAAACUCUAAUUGCAGUUUGAAGAUGAGUACAAAGACCUGCGAAGUUACAGAAAGAGAGGGAAAUUACAAGAACAAAUCGAUGAUAUGAGAAAACACUGGAUACUCUCACCUUCUCAGCCCUUAGUCCCCGAUCAAAGAUUUAUGUGAUGUUUAAAACACGCACAGUAGUGUUGAUCUAAGGAACAAUUCGCGCGAAACGCUAGAUUUUUAAACUAAAUAAGACGUCCUGUAAGUGUUUUGAACAACUUUAAAAGGGUCCGCCGAGUAUUUCAUUGCGAUAGUAUUGCUUAACCGUGUAUUUCUCUUUUUAAUAUACGUUUUUUGAAAAAUGUCAAACAAAAGCAGCCAGCCUUAGCCAUUGUUUGUUGUUCUCUCCACAGUAUAACCACGCGAUACGGACUGUUGAUACAAAGAACGGUACGUUUUUUUAUUUUUUAAUUCUUGUCAAACCAGGAACUUAAAUGACUAUGACUGAUCAAUAAAGAAGGCAAAUUUUAGUGAACGAAGACUUAUGGAUUAUGUUAAUAACCUUAAAGAUUUGCCAAGAACAGACCUUAAUUGCAAUCAAACUUAUGUGGGAAGUUCUUUUCGCGGCGCGUUUUAUCUUGACGGCACGCUAGUUCAGUCAAGUUCCCAACAAGUAUGGUCUGUUACAUCAUUUUUUACCUUAUUUAAUAAGUAAUAUUGUGUUUUCAGGUCGAGUAAAGACACUAGCAGGGAAUGGUCGGCAAGGUUUCAAGAACGGCGUAGGGUCAGAUGCAAGAUUCAAUUAUCCUGAAGGAAUUUAUUUUGACACCGAUCACAAAGUCCUUUAUGUUGUCGAAUUUGUGAGUUCCUUGGUAACAGUUCACGAACAAGUUCAAAAUCCUGUGCCGCGAUAUAGGUCGAGUGCGACCACGUGUUUAAAUUGGACUGGAAUAUCGACCACCUGACUUCCUCACACCCUCCACUGAGUGAUGUACACGCAGAUCCAGUGGCAGAUCCAGGGGAAGGGGGUGCCGGGCUCCCCCUUAUUUUUAGACCAAACUGAGGCCCGAAGGGCCGAAAAAAGGAAAUUUCAUACCGGGCUCUCCCUUUAUCUCAAGAUAUGGAUGACCGGGCCUCCCCCUUAUCUGACGGUCUGGAUCCGCAACUAACACGUGCAGGGGUUGUUCGAUCACCAGCUAAGACCAAAACGUGUCCAUUGUUAAUGUCCAUUGUUAAAUGUCCAUUGCCCCUUUCAUAUCAGAGCAUGCGCAUUCAGGCUGAAUUAGAGAGAGUGCAAAACAUUGACUUUAAACUUAACAUAGGAGCAUCUGCAAAUAAUCUACCAUUUCACUCCCCCUGGUAUAAGAUAGACUGUGUUAAAAUCUCCUUUUCAUAUUUAAACAUGUUUCAAAAGUUUGUCAGCCAUAAGGAGUCCCGUGAAAGCAAAUUUACCCUUUUACUUUUCUGUGUUUUCUAUUUUAUGCUUUAGGAUAGCAACGCCAUCAGGAUGGUUACUCCAAACGGUCUGUGACAUUAAAUCUUUGCUCAACUGGUUUUCAAUCUUAGCUGUUAUUUAUUUGGCGGAGAAUCUGAACAUCACGUGUUUGUUUAUCUACAGGUAAAGUCAGCACGCUGGCUGGCGGUACUGAGGGCUUCCGUGACGGAGUAGGUACUCAAGCCCAGUUUUUUCAUCCCACUGGACUGACGUUUGACCACAGGAACAAAGUCAUUUACGUCACAGAUCAGGUGAUAUUAUAUGCCGCUCACGAUGGGCCAUUUCCGAAUAGCCACAAGUCUCUAUUCCAAAACGAGGCUAAGUGCAAAGACUUUGAUAGGAAAACAAGUUUCAUUUUCCCUUCUAGCUACAGCAGAGGCCUCUUUUCCCUGGUGGGAAAAGAGGCCUCUGCUUGCAAGGAAAAACUCAUUUUUCUUAAGAAAGAUUUUACUCUAGGCCUAGCUUUGAAAGUGAGGGUUUUUGAAACUUGGAAAUCAUAGGCCUUUUUUAGAUAUAUUAUUAUCCCCGAAGAUUUCGUUUCGCAAAAAUGCGCAAUGCAGGUGGCAGAUAUAUUUAUUCUCUAAACUGUGCAGUGGAACUUCAUAAAUUUUCGCAGUUUGACAAGGCCGUAUAAAAAUAUAGUCACUUGAGAAAUGCCGUGAUCUUACGAAAAUUGAAACGUCUCUAGGUAGAAACAGGAAAGGGAGCAAAUGUUCUAAUAUUUGGUCCUAGCAUUGAGCAAACAGCAUGUGGAUCUUCCCUCUAUGAAUUCGUGCUCCUCGUUUGUUUUUUUCAUAGUACAAUCACAGAGUAAGGAGUAUCAGCGGCGUUGGUUCAUCAGUCGUGGAUCCCAACAAAUCUGGUACGUUGCCACUUAUUGUUAGUCUCAGUCUUGUCAAAUUGUGCGCUCCAAGCCUCAUCCAAAAGCAACUAGCGCAGAGGAAUGGACACGAGAAAGGACGAACAAAAGUUAGAGGAAUUCAGAGGAGUUGCCAUCUCUGCCCUUCUCUUCUUCCUUUCUAACCCGGAUUAAGAUGCCUAUAGAGGAGGCUAGCGCGUUCCAGGGUGGGACAUUUGUCAUCAAGGCUCUGCCUGGGGGUUAAAGGACUUAGCUUAAUUGAGAAGAAAUUUGGGGAUUUAAAAAGUCGGGAUUAAUUUAAUAGUUCUAUAGCCCAGUCAAUACCUGGACCCGUGCCAAUUCGUCUCACCGUGGUGCAUUUGCAGUUGUCAAAAUGAAAAAUUAACUGGGGGAUAAGGAGGGGGGACAUAGAUGGAAUGAACCUGAGCCAUCAGGGACAAUCUAAUAUCAGGCCUUUGCCAAUCAGGAUAAGCACAUUUCUAGUUAAUCUUAAAUAGUCCCUAAUUUUUGUCAGAGAAAGUAGAGCGAGCGAAAACGCCAGAAGAGGCGAAACGUAGACUGCGAGCAGUGUGUCUUUUUCUUCAGAUUUAGUGAGGGGGGUACUCGCGCGAGCGUGGUCAUUUUCGCGCCUCGCGCGUUUCGCUCGACGGACUAAGGAAAAGAGAGCCUGCUCGUAGUUUAGGCGAAACGCAGAGAUAUCUUACCCCUACCCCCGAGGGAAGCGAUGGACUACAAGUAGUCCCAAGUCAAAGCUUAAUAUUAAUCAUGGCCUAUUUUGUUCAUUGAUCUCCUUUUAUUUUCAGUUCUUUCCAAGACACUUCAGAAGGCACAGAGUUCUCCUUAUUUAUUUGCAUGUUUAGUGCUGUCUGUCAUUUUAUGUAUCUUCAUUUUUUUGCGCUUUCGACGAAAUCGACGGUAUUUCAGCAGAUUGUAGUUUGUGACCAUGUAGCGAUUAAGUAAUUUAAACUUUUUAAGAUAUGUAUUUUUUGAAUAUCUUUUUACCAGACUUUGUAAUUUUUUUAAGAAUAUAUUAUUAUCAUAGAGGAUCAGGUCCUCCAUUUUCCUUUGUAUUCUCGCUACUACUCGGUCCGAUAGCAGAGAACCGUUGGUGAGAGCAGUGUGUGCGAUCAAGUGGGUGGGUCAAAUACUGUUUCAUCCCAGCUCAUCUUAUAAAAUCGUUAUUUUGUUUAAAAAAAUCAAUAUGGCCGUUACACAUACCCGGGGGAAUUCUGUUUUGCAAACCGCCAUUGCAGAAGAGGUUCAUAAUCAUUUCAUACUUUUGUGAUAUGUAAUAGACGGCACCAUUCAAAACUAAUCCAGUGCUUAACAGCUUUCAUUAAAUUAAUGAUU